GUCUUUAGCUUAUCAAAGAUGUGCGUAUGCUAGCAGUUAGUUAGCUCAGCAUGCUAACGCUAAGCUAUCCUUUUUCAGUCUCUAUUUUUCAAGUGUUAAACUGUCACUCUCUGUCUGUAAAGAUGUAGUAAUUAAUACCAGGUGUAAAAAAAUGGCAUUUAUUUUUGUUUUUGAGUGUAUUAAUAAACUUAAAUUGGCUCCCUGUCAGCAUUCCAUGGUACAGUUCCGCUAGCUAAAUAGCUAAGCUAACUAGCUACAUAGCUAACGCUAGAUACAGUGCACUGCAGUGGAGAGGAGCACAAUCCUGAGCUACACCAGAACCAUGCAGAAGCCCCCUGCUCUGGUUCUGCCUCCUCCUGGAUCCGUAUCCAUGAGGAUCAAGAGCGCCAAUGCCAACACUGGAGAACGCCUGAGUCAGACCAAGUCUAUGGUUAUACCAGACCUCGACACGCCUUCAAAACCUAUUAACCGGCAUCGAAGGAACCAGUCACAGCACAACGUUGGUCAGGGACUACAACAGUUUCAACCGGUUGAUUUUCAAGGGGAAUAUUUGAACAAAGCCAAGAUUUCAGAUGGAGGAAAGAAACUGAGGAAAAACUGGACAACAUGCUGGGUCGUCCUGUGUUCAAAUGAGCUGCAUUUCUACAAAGAACAAAAGCAAGAGGAACUGGCUAAAUUGAAACCAGGAGGGAAAACUGACGGAGUGGACCUUUGUGAUGCAGUCAUAGAGUGGACGACAGAAAAAUCAAGCCGGAAAAAUGUAUUCCAGAUAACAACCAGAUCUGGAGAUGAGUUCCUUCUGCAAUCAGACGACUACGCCACAAUCAGCAAAUGGCACGACGCCAUCAAAAGAGCAGUGGGCAGACUGUCUAGUGGAGAUGCAAGACCUGGCGCAGGAAAAGCCACCCUGGUGAGGUCCAACAGUACGGAAUGCCUGCCCAGACGAGGCUAUGACUCAACAAAAAUCAAAGCCAAAGAGCCGAAGCCGGAGCACAGACGCUCUAUAAUGUUCAAGUUGAACUACAGUGCAUCGGACAGUGCCGAUAAGAACGGUGUGAAGAACAGGCUGAAGAAGUUUAUCUCCAGACGGCCUUCCAUGAAAACACUACAGGAGAAAGGCCUUAUUAAAGAUUGCGUGUUUGGCUGUCACAUGUUGACCCUGUGUCAACGUGAAGGUACCACGGUUCCCAGGUUUGUCCAGAUGUGUGUGACAGAAGUGGAAAAACGAGGGUUGGAGGCUGAUGGUAUAUACAGGGUGAGUGGAAACCUGUCCACCAUUCAGAAACUACGCUUCCUAGUUGACCAAGAGGAGACGCUGAAUUUGGGCGACAGCCAAUGGGAGGACAUCCAUGUCAUCACUGGAGCUCUAAAGAUGUUUUUCCGUGAAUUGCCGGAGCCUCUGUUUCCCUUUCGCUUUUUCGACCUGUUCGUGGAAGCAAUAAAAACGAAGGAGCAGAAGCAGAAGAUCCAGUCCCUGAAGAAGCUGGUUCAUCAACUCCCAAAACCCAACCACAACACCAUGAAACUGCUGUUCCACCAUCUGCAGAGAGUCUUAACGAAGUCAAGGCAAAACCUCAUGUCCAGCCAAGGCGUCAGCAUCGUGUUCGGACCCACCCUCAUGUGGCCGGAGCUGGACGCCGGGAACAUGGCCGUCAACAUGGUGUACCAGAACCAAAUCGUAGAGUUCUUGCUGCUUGAAUGCGUGGAGAUCUUUGGGCCAGAGGACAAGUAACUUCGAGUGCUCUAAAAUAACACGGGCACAUACUGAUGAGAGGACUGCACGAAGGUUUAAGUACGGAGGAGGACGAGACCAAAGAUAGACGGAACUGGCAGGACCUUCUGUCCAGCUCCAAACAACUGCGAGUCUUGUUAUUGAACACGAUCUGUAUAAAUAAAAAAAGAGAAAUAUAAACUGUGAAGGCCAAACCUUGCAAGGCUUGCAAAUGUCCAGUGCGCAUAAGAAUGGAUAAUAUGGGGUUACAUGCUUUAAAAUAGUUGCCAGGUAAAGAAAGAUAUGUGAAGAAAUGUGUUCAUAUUAUAACAUGUGAAGUUAAGUGUCAAUAAAAAGAGAAAACUGAAAUAUUAAACAGAAAGCUGUGAAUCAUCACAUAUUUUAUAUACGUCAUUUUCUAUAUACGCCAAGUUCAGCAGGCAAGAGCUUGAAGGUGUAGUUAGCAAACCUGUUAUUAAAUAUCAAAAAAAGGUGUGCUAAUCUGAUACUCAGUAUCAGUAUGUGUAAAAUACAGGUAAUAGUCCGAUUUGAUGCUGGAGAAACUUGACUGAAAACUCAACCUUUACUGCUUCUUAAUACGUUACGGGUAGAAUUCAUAGAUAAGGUGCAAAUUAAGGUGGGAGAGGAUUUUAAGUUCGCCUUAUAGUCCGAAACAAUACGGUACAUACAAUUCUUUAAAAUGUCAAAAUGUAAACAGGAGAAGGAGAAACCUUCUCAACUUUCUAUGUAGGCCAGUAUUAAAUAGUUGUUUUCUGAAUCAUUUUACAGCAUUUGUGAUGUUUCAUUCAUUAAGGCAUUUUGACACAAACAUUUUAAUUACAUUAUCUCAAAAAGUGAAGAAUGACAAAAACAGAGAUUCAAAGGUUUUGGGUUUCGCUUUAUUUCGAUGGUCUAUUAUAGAUGUUCACUUGUCAUUCAACUAUCAUUUAACUAACCUGCACCUGAACUCUCAGCUGAAUGUAAAUGACUCUCAAUAGAAUCUAACCCUACACCUACCCCAUAGUCUAGCAGUCUAGCCUUAACUUUAACCUUCAACCAACCCUAAAACCUAUCCCUAAGUUUAGGCCUAGGUGUAAGGUUGCAUUCAAUAGAAAAUAAAACCUGAAAUAUACAUUUAGGAUAAAGUUCAGUUGAAUUUAAUAGACAUUUAACUGCAUGUGAGUUGAGCAUCUACAAGGCAUCUACAAUGAACCAUCCAUGUAAAGUGUUUACAGGUUUUGUGUUACUUUGACUAUAUAUACAGUACAGCAUUCAUCUUUUCACCAUUUUUCACUUUGUUUCAAAUAUACUUUUUUAAAGUACUUUUGUAAAUAAAAAGUCUAAUACCCUGGUUA